AUGUCGAACUUCACUACACCCCCCGAUCCUGUCGGGCUAGCCUACUCUGGGACAUUUGUUAACGCGGAUGGGGACAACAGCCAGGGGGCGCUGUUCUGCAUGAACGCGCGUCUGUUCUGGGACUCUUGGCUGCUUCCGCUGCUACAGGAGUUGAACCAGGGAACGCAGUUAGUGCCCCUGAAGCCCUAUCUCGUGCUACCGGGUGACGACCAGUGGGACUUCCGCAACAAGCCCGAGUUGGAGUUUGGGAGCAACCCGGACCACGAGGCGUACAGCGAUCAAUACUUCUCGUUUACAAAGUCGUCGUCGGGCGGCGCAUGGACUUGGAACGGAGGGGAGCUGACUUCAGAGAACACGUUGAACAACCAUGGACACAACAUAAAGGUGACCGAGACCGGCACAUCGUCUACCACCUUGUCAUUUGACAGCGGCGGGCAGAAGAUCUUGAUUACUGGUAAAAGUAACUUUGGCUUUGAGUUGAAAUACCAAAACGAGGACAUCUGGGCCUACUUCAACACUGAGACCAACUGGCAUCUGAAUUUCGCGCUGCAGGCGGUCAGCGAAGGCGGCCUGCAGAUCACCCGCCUGGAAGACCCCCCUGGCACUGAGGCGUGCACAACGAGCUACAAUGAUGGCAGUAACAACCUAGGAUGGGAGAUCCCAUUCGAUGGCUUCUGCAAGAGCCUCUCCGACUGGUUCAAGUCCUACUUCACCACCAGUCUUGGCUGGCUAACGAACACCCUGGUGACGGCUCUGCAAGACCAACACCAGCUGUUCCUCCCCGGCAGCGGUGUGUUCCUCAUGAAUGAUCCACGCUUCAACCUUCGCGGAGACCUCUUGGUCACACUGCAGUAUAAUGGGUGA